CCGUCCCCUUCCGCUGCCGGGGCCGCGCGGGGCGGCGGCGGCGCAGGCGCGGGCGGCGAGCGGCGAGCGGCGGCGGGACGGUGCGGCACGUGCCGCGCGGGGCGGCGGCGGCCGCGGAGAGUUGCGCUUCUGUGGGAAGGAAGAGGCUCCUGACCACUCGCCAACAUGGUAGUUUUCACAUGCAAUGCGUGUGGAGAAGCUGUGAAGAAAGCACAGGUUGAAAAGCAUGUGAACAUCUGCAGAAACUGUCAGUGCCUGUCUUGCAUGGAUUGUGGCAAGGAUUUCUGGGGUGAUGACUAUAAGGAACACGUGAAGUGCGUAAGUGAAGACCAGAAAUACGGUGGGAAAGGCUUUGAAGCCAAAACUAACAAAGGAGAUGCUAAACAGCAGGAGUGGAUUCAGAAAAUUCAUGAAGUAAUGAAGAAACCCAACAUAAACCCUAAAGUGCGGAACGUCCUGGAGCAAAUGCGUGCCUUUGAUAACAUUCCAAGAAAAAAAGUAAAGUUUCAGAAUUGGAUCAAGAACAGUUUGAGAAUUAAUGACAGCAAUUUGCAAGAUCAGGUGUGGGAUGUUUUCUCAGAAGCAAGCAGAAAUAUGUCAAAUGAAAAAGAGCAAGACAAACCACAACAGAAGGAAGAGCAGCAGUCUGCAGAAACUGGGGAAAAUACAAAGGCAGAAGCAAAUGGAAUUACAGAUGCCAAAAGUGAGAGAAAGAAGAGUAAGAGGGAACGAAAAGAAGAGAGACAAAAGAACACAAAGAAGGAGAAAAAAGAUUUGAAAUUAGAAAGCCAGGCAGAAGUGAAAAAGAAUAAAAAGUCCAAAAAAGGAAAAGAGAGUGUGGAGGAUGAACUUGAAAUAAAUGGAGAUGGCAAUCGCAGUGAAACAGAACAGGAAACAAACAUAAAGAAACGCAAACAUAAACAUGGAGAAGAGGAACCUCAUACUAAAACAAAGAGAAUGAAAACUGAGAGCAUUUCAGAGGACAUGGAAACAGAAAACAUCAAUGAAAAUGAAGAAAAUGUGGGAGCAGAUAAAGGUAAAUUCAACUGGAAGGGAACCAUCAAAGCAGUUCUGAAACAGGCUCCAGACAAUGAAAUUUCAGUUAAAAAACUAAGAAAAAAGGUGAUAGCUCAAUAUUAUGCAGUAGCUGGUGAAUGUCACAAAACAGAAGAGGAGAUCCUAGUCAUAUUCAAUAAGAAAGUGAAUAAUAAUCCCAAAUUUAGAGUUCUAAAGGACAAAGUGAAACUUGUGAAAUAAACAGUUUGCAUACUUUUCA